AUGUCAUCUGACGGCAUCCUCACCGUUACUGUACCAAAGACAACAUCGGGAUCGAAGGCCAGUGCGGUUUCUGAAGCGUCAACAUCUCAGGUUUCCCAGACUUCAUCUCAAAACACAGAAGAAAAACAAACUCUCACAAAGAAAGCACACAGUCAAGCAAGGACGCAGUGGACGACCAGUGGCUUCCCAUCUCCUCGAAGGUCAGUUUUCUCUGAUUCCUUCUUCGAAGACGUCCGUAAGGACUUCGAAACGGCUGUCAAUGAAGUCCUCAGCAGGCAUGACAUCAUGAGGAGUGCCAACGACGAACUCUCCUGCUACCGAAGUCUCCGGGAACGUGAGCUCAAGGAUGAGACUCAGGCGAUGAAGACCACGGAAGAUCAACACGGAUUUAAGGUGGUGUUGGACGUUCACGACUUCAUGAACGAAGACGUCAAAGUGAAGGUGGUGGACAACAAGGAGGUGGUGGUGGAAGGUCGUGCGGAGAAGAACGACGGAACCUUAAGGUCAAGCAAGAGCUUCUGUCGACGCUUCACUCUUCCUGGCGCAGUGGACAUGAAUGCUGUCACCUCAGCCAUGUCCUCCGACGGUGUCCUCACCAUCACUGCGCCUAAGAUUGCAAAUAAGAAAGGCACUCAAAAUAACACCACAAUAAAAACGCCCGACAUGCAUUCGACUAUCAUGCUCAAUAUAACAGUUUAUCAAAACACUGAGUAUAAUGCCAAUACUGAAAAUAUUACCGUAUAG